CCAUAUGGAAACGUUGUAUCAUUUGCUCUCCAAGGUCGCCUUAACCAUUGGGGAAAACUGAAUUUUUUAAACAAAAGUACAUUUUUGGUACUAAAUCUAUGAUUUUCUUGUAAUGGCCCAAACGGAUUAUGUUGUGAAAAUUAUUAAUCUACCAAUUCGUGAAAAAAAAGGGGAAAAAAUCGCUACAGUUUUGUCGGAAAACGCCGAUUUACAACAGCUACAGUAUAGGGAAUUUUAAGAAAUUUGACGUUUUUGGCUGUUCCGAGCUCGUUUCUAACUACAGUAUCUCACUCACAGACUAUUCGAGUUCGAGUUGGCCCAAGUGGAUUCGUGGAGGGAAUACAAUAAGCUUGAGCCUGAUAUAAAACUUAGUAGGUCUAUGAUUGGUUGGGUAGAGUUUUAUCGGAAAAUAAGAAAAUAUUAAAACCAUCUAAUCCACGAUUGGCUCUCAUGGGGUCAAAAAAUCUCACAAGCCUGAUAGUCUGAUUCACUGGUAUGACGUCAUACUUUGCUUGACUUGUGCUCGCAGUGUUUGACUUCUUUUUUCGUUUAAUUUGGCCUAAUUUAGUUAUCAGUUGGAUUUUUUGUGUGCUGUUAAAGGUUAUUCAUUUAUAUUUCCUUUAUUAAAAAACAAAUGUCCUAAGACAAGAUACUUGCAGCAAUUAGGCUAUAUUUCCGCAAAAAAAUGCAAUUUAUAGUCUGGACCGUUUGAAAAUCUCCGUAGGGGUGUAGGGUAGGGCUAAGCCAAUCCCUCCAACACGAAAGCGUGGACUGGGGGAGAAGAGAGAUCUCAACAUUUGUUCACUCUACAUUGUAUUAUGUGUAUUAAUAUGUGUUCAAAUACAAGUUUUAACAAAAGAAUAUUUACUGCGCAAAUUGAAUUUUGUUAGUAUUUAGCCACAUAAAAACAAACCCAAUUAUUUUAAUUGGCCGAUCCUAACUACCUGUACAGCAGGGUUUAUUUGACCUCAGUUCGCUGCUUUCGUGAUAGCUGAACUAGCAAAUGAUAAAAAGUGGCGCCACCCCUGCAUUGAAGCUUGAACUAUAAUAGGUCCAUGCUUGAACCAUAUAAGACGAAGGAUACCAAUUAUCAGUCCUUUCAGGUCCGUCUGCAAUCAUGGUUAGUUAUCUUGAAAAUGCAACUCAGUUAUCGACAACAAUAAGUGAAAAUGAAUUUCAAAUUAGCGAUGAGGUUUUCACAUUUGGAGUCGUUAUGAUCUGGAUAAUCACAUGUAUUACAGUUUUUGGAAAUUUGUUAGUCAUAUUUUCUUUUAUUCGAGAUAAAAGCAUACGAUCAAAACCCGCAAAUAUUUUUGUAUUGGUAUUAUCAAUUGCUGAUACCACAGUGGGAGUCGUCUCUCUUCCCUUUGCCAAUUUCUGGGUUAUGUUUGGUACAUGGAUAUUUGGUGAAACUGUGUGCAAAAUCAAUCUAUUUUUGGAUUUCUCGGCUUGUGCGAUUUCAACGUGGUGUAUAUUGUUACUCACUCUCGAUCGCUACUGGAUGGUAAAGAAACAUUUGAGAUACAAAGCGUUUAUGACACAUCGGAAGGCUAGAAUCCUGUCAGCGGUGGUUGUUCUUUAUUUUACCUUAUUUUACGGAAUAAAUGUUUUCUUCUGGAGGUUAAUAUCAACUGAUGAGGUAGAUUAUACAGAAGAAUGUUUUUUAGCAGCAGGAGAGAUCUUAAUAUUUAAUAUUGUAAUAAUCUUUGUUGAGUUUCUACUUAUAUUGGUUCUCCUCAUAUACUGGAAUAGUAAUGUCUUCAAAGUAGUUGUCGACUGGUCGACUGGUAAAUCUCUCCGAAGAGACAUUCAAGCAAAGUUGAAAGAAACCAAAACUAUAAGGGCAAUACCUACGAACACAAAAUCCCCAGUGAUAUCACCCAGCAAGAAUGAGGGAAUUCGGGUUUUCCAAGGUACUCAACGAAACGAGAUACAAAAAGCUGCCACCAUGCUAGGAGCAGUCGUUCUUGGGCUCCUUGUCUGCUAUACUCCAUAUUAUAUUGUUCUUAUACUUGGCACACUAGGGGUCGUAGAGAUAAACGACUUUAUUUUGACCAGCGUGGACUAUUUUCUGUGGUUUAAUUCGUGCUUAAACCCAAUAUUGUACGCCGCGACUAACGAACAUUUCCGAAGAAAUUUUGUCGAAAUUUUGAGUUGUAGACAAAAGAGCAAGCUGAAUAAACAUCUCCGGAAAGCUUCUAAUUCUGCCACGUCAACACUACAAGCCGUGCACAUGCCGCGUUAACAUUGUUUCGAAACAUUUAGCGAAGUGAUUUAAAUCAUGCUGUAAAGAAUAGAGUGGACAAAAUUAAUUCCCGUUGAAGCUUUAAAAUAGAUAUAAACUUUCACAUGUUUAAAAAUAUUCUUAUAGCUUAACUUUUGAAAUUCAGAUGAAACCAACAAUAAGCAACGGUUUGUACACUUUAUAAGUUAUUCGCAUAAUCUAAUAGCUAUUCUUUUAACGGUAUUUUAUGUUUUUUGUUUAAUAGCAUUCCGGGGAUAAAGGAUAGGCCUCUAUACCCAUUUAUGUGCUUGAUUAUUUCGCAAUAAAAUAUAAUAAUUUUAA